AUGUAUCAGUCAUAUGCACUAGGAUUGGACCCUCACCAAACACAGGAACCAAAAAGUGCCUAUCAGACAUACGCAGUGGGACAAGAUCCCUAUCAAGCCUAUGAACGUGGGCAUGGCCCCUAUCAGCCACAUGAACCAGGUUAUGGUCUUUACCAGCCAGGAUACAGUCCGUAUGAUGAUCAGAUACCCGAUGCCAACUCCCGAAUGCUGGCAAUUCAGAAUGCAAAAGCCUAUUUACUGAAGAGCAGCACGACAUCUGGCCUGAACUUAUAUGAUCAUCUUGCUAAUAUGCUAACAAAGAUCCUGGAUGAACAGCCCACAAAUGCAGUAGACGUAAUUGAGAACAUCAGCAAGGAUGUGAAGUGGGCUCAAUUUCAGAAAAAAAUGGACACUCUUCGAGAUGAAUGUGAGAUUCUUCCAGCAUUUGAAGCUGCAGAAAAGCGUAAAGCUUUGUUCCACAAGGCGAAUGAAGAAGGAGAUGAAGAACUAGAAGAAGAGAUAGGAGAAACCCCUCUACCUAAUGUGAUGGAAACAGCCUUUUAUUUUGAACAGGCUGGAAUUGGCUUGAGCAAAGAUGAAUCCUAUCACAUAUUCCUUGCCCUUAAAAAACUAAUUAGUGUUCAGCCAAUCCAGACCUGUCGCUUCUGGGGCAAAAUUUUGGGCCUGGAGAUGAACUAUAUUAUAGCUGAAGUACAGUACCAUGAGGGGGAAGAGGAGGAAGAGGAAGAAGUUACUGAGGAAGAAGGGAAAGGGGUGGGUGAGGUUGAAGACGAAGAAGAGGAGAAAGAAAAAGAAGAUGAACCACCAAAAUCCACCUAUAAGCCCCCACCUGUCAUCCCAAAAGAAGAAAAUGGGACUGGGGCUAAUAAAUAUGUCUACUUUGUCUGUAAUGAGCCAGGCAAACCCUGGGUGAAGUUGCCUCCAGUGACGCCGGCCCAGAUUGUCUGUGCCAGGAAAAUCAAGAAGUUCUUCACUGGCAGGCUGGAUGCUCCUGUUGUGAGCUUUCCUCCUUUCCCUGGAAAUGAGGCCAAUUACCUGCGUGCACAGAUAGCUCGCAUCUCAGCAUCAGCCUUUUCUGUGGCUGAAAUGGUGGAUUCUCCCUCCACGUGGGUACACCAUGUACAGAGUAUUCUAAAGCAGGGUCGCUGUGUUUGGUUUAAUCCUUUUCAAAAAUCAGAAGAAGAAAAUGAAGAGGAAGAGAAAACAGAGGAGCUAGAUGAACUACAGCAAGAACUACAGCAAGAAAUAGGACCUCCUCUUCUCACUCCACUCUCUGAAGAUGAAGGAAUUCAAAACAUCCCUGCUUGGACAGCUCAGCCUUCUACAAACCUGAUCCCGCAAUACGCUGUUGCAGUCCUCCAGUCUAACCGAUGGCCCGGAGCAUUUGCCUUUGCAUCUGGCAGGAAAUUUGAUAACAUCUACUUUGGCUGGGGUCACAAAUACAGCCCAGAGAACCACACUCCCGCACUGCCUCCCCCAGUGCAAGCGGAAUACCCCAGCGGGCCAGAAAUCACCGAGACAAGAGAUCCCACUCUGGAAGAAGAACUGGCUUUCAAGGCUGCCAGGGAAGAGGCCUUAGCUGCAGCUGAGGAAGAGGAAGAGGAAGAGGAGGAGGAGGAAGGCAUUGAGGAUGAUGAAGAGGAGGAUGAUUAA